AUGGACGCUGAUUGGAGGUCGACUCUGUCGAACCAGGAACGCUCCAAGUACAUCACAGAACUGGCUCAAAUUUUAGCUCAGAUAAGUCAGGUUAAUGGUGGCGAUCGUGGUAAUUUUAAUCUGGAGAAACUGAAGAAGACGGCCGAGCAGUUCGAAAAGAAUCUGUAUGCGAGCAGCUCAUCAAAAGAUUUAUAUUUGGACUCAAUGCGUAAGAGAAUCGCCGCCAUGGAUACUGCAAGGAAAAAGGCUAUAGCGAAUGUGCAGCAAAACUCAUCUAAUGCCCAAAGCCGCCAUGACGUGUCCACCAUGACAAAUCAGCAGAUGCAACAGCAGAUGCAAAUGCAGCAACGGCAGCAGCAACAGCAGCAACAGCAGGCUCCUCCGAGUCACUAUCCUCCAGGUAGCAACAACGUAAACUCGCAAAUGUUCUUCAAUCAGCAAGCCAAGCUGAGACAGCAGGCUGCCCAGCAACUCCGUGGUGGCAUACCUCGUAACGCACCUGUUUCAAAUAAUGCAGCGAGGCCUCAGCUUACUCCACAACAACAGCAACUAAUCAAUGAAAUGAAAGGCGCUGAAAUUCCAAGAGAGUUGUUGCAAAGGAUUCCCAACUUACCGCCAGGUGUCAACACUUGGCAGAAAGUAACGGAGCUGGCCCAGCAAAAACGUUUGGGACCAAAAGAUCUUCAAAUCGCAAAACAAGUUUACCAAAUGCAUCAACAAAUUGUUUUUAAAUCAAGGCUUCAACAGGUCAAUGCUAACAACCGCGGUCCUCCCCAAGGAAGACCCAACUCUCGAGUUCCAAGUGCGGGUCCCGGAUCUCAAGCCCAUCAGGGCCAGUCUGCUUUGCAGCAACCUCAGCAGCCGCAGCCGCAUCAGCCUCAGCCACAGAUGCAACAGCCGCAGAUCGUCCAACAGUCACAGCCGCAGCAGAUGCCAAUGGGACAACCAACGCAAGCCCAAACACAGGAGGUGCCCAAUGUACUGAAUAGGCUUAACCAAAUAUUUACUCCAGCUGAACAGAAAGCUCUUUAUGAAAAUGGGAAAAAGCUGAUCGCAGAUCUGCAGAGAACGAAUAGACUGCCGGCUGUUCUCACUCCACAACAGCAAGCUAUUUACAUCAAAAAAUACAUUAAUCAAAUGGCACUAAAAAAGUUGCAAGCUGCAAGAAACCAAAUGGGUACCGCUAACGCUUCGAGUCAGCAAGCCACCGUACCUCCCGUUUCUGGAACUGGAGUGCCCCAGAUGAGCCAAUUUAUGCCUAACAGUGGGGGCUCGCAAGCCAAUUUAGCUGCUAGGAGGCCCUACAGUGGGGCAAACUCCAAUAUUAAUGCGUUUAAUGAGAACCCUACAGCUUCUGAACUUCAGGGUCCUCCACAAAAUAUGGAGCAAACUGUGCUAUCUCAACCUCAGCCCCAGGGUCAAGUUCCUACACAAUCCCAGACUGGUUCUCAAGUACCUGGACAAUCUCAACCACCUCCAAAGUUCUCACUUCCUCGACCUACAGAACAAGACCUAAUGGUUCUUCGUAGGAUCUCUGCUGAGAUACAAAAGUCUCAUUUAAGGCUGUCAAAUAUUACCAAUCAAAUUUCGCAGGAACAGAAACAAUCGAUAAGGAAUAAACUGCAGCUGAAUAGACAAUUGUUCACAAACGUGGAUAGCUUUAUUCCCACCUUAUACAUGAUCACACGGAAUGAGGAAAACGUUCGCCAGCUACUUCAGAUUAGGAUGCUUACAAAGGAGAUUACAGAACAUGCGUCUAGAGGUAUUUUUAUUGUCCCACCGGAAGUGGUAGACAAGGUCAUCUUUCGUUACCAGAAAUAUUACGAGUUCAUCAAAGAUCAGGUUCUGAGACGCCAUCAGCAGAUCAUUGCAGCAAGACAGCAACAGCAGCAGCAGCAACAACAACAAACACAACCAACACAACAAACGCAACACGCACCACAAACACAACAGGUGCAACAAGUGCAGCAGCAACAAACACACCCAAGGACGGCAAGCCAACAAGUAGACCCCACAUUCAAUCAACAACGCAUCCAAGGCUCCUUCCAACAAAUUCAGCAGCAGAUGCAAAUGCGGCAGCACCAGCAGCACCAGCAGCAGAAGGCCCAACAGUUUACUUCUCAGAUAGAUAACUGGCCAAGACCUGCUUCUGCGAAAACUGCUGAGGGCGAUCCUGGUUUGAUGCCUCAUUCUGCGCCGGAGACUUUGCGCGCGACAACGUCGGGGGUAGAUUUCCUAAAUUCUCCAGAGCUUUUGAACGCAAAGUUAUCUCCACAACAAGGUGGCCUUUCGCCGGCUAAGAAACAGGCUCAGAUGAGAAAGAAAAUGACACUCAAGCAGGCUUCAAAUCAAGGUACUCCUUCUGCUGUUAUGCCCUCAAGUACGCCCGCACCAGGAACCGGAAUGGGACCUGUUGUCUCAAGCCGGACAGGCACUCCUCGUGUUGCUAAUGUGGGAUUGGCAAGCGUAUCUCCCAUGGCCACUAAAGCGGUCACUGCGAACCAAAGUCCUUCUCCAAAGUCAAUUCCAAACAAUGUGGGACCCUCUGGGCCUGUAAGCAACCAAUACAAAGAAGACGAAGAGAUUUUGAAGAAGAUGGUUGUCAGGAAAAACGAUGUAAUUUCAAGGUUCAAGCGCCGACAAGAUAUUCUGCGCAACUCUGCCGUAGAUUUGUUUCUGUGCUGUUUAGGAGAAUCACUGGGAGUUAGUGAUGAUCAAGUAGAGCUGAUAAAUUCCAUACCUCAGGAAGUCGUGGAUCAAGUCAACGGUGCUGGGAAAAAAGUUGCAAACAAGCCAGCUGCGCAGCGUUUGAAAGAUCAGGAAUAUGCCAACGUAUCCAUCAAAGACAAUAGAAUUGUCUUUGCAACCAACUCCCCUGUCGGAAACUAUAAACCAGAUGCAACCUCAUUUGGAAAUCGCGAAGUUUCCAGUAUAUUCAGGGAUGUAUAUGGUACAACUGACCUAACUACCUUUUCGUUCGGUAAUAGCAACCUAACAUCUGGGUCUCGAGGUACUAAGCGGAAUGCUCCGGACUCAGAAAACAGCCCAAAUAUAUCUCCCGCUUCGUCAGCAGUCAUGAGCGAUUCCAAAAAGAUCAAAUUUGAUUCUCCAGAGGAUCUUUAUUUUUCAGCACCCGCUGAAGAAGUUAAGAAAGAGUUUACAAAGGAUGCUCUAGCAGGAAAUGCCGAAGACAGCAAAAUCUGGGACUGGAGUUUUUGGGACACUUCAUAA